CUGGGCAGCAUGCUGUGUGCCCUGCUUCUCCUGUCCAGCCUCCUGGGGGCUGCCACGGCCAGCCCCACCGAGGGCCCCCAGGAGUGUGCAAAGGGAUCCGAGGUGUGGUGUCAGGACCUGCAGGCGGCAGCAAGGUGUGGGGCCCUGGAUUACUGCCAAAGGGUGGUCUGGAUCAAUCCCCCCAUGAAGUCCCUGCCCUGCGACAUAUGCCAGGACAUAGCAGCCGUGGCUGGUAAUGGGCUGAACCCCGACACCACCGAGUCUGACAUCCUGACUCUGAUGAGGAAGACCUGCACGUGGCUCCCCAGCCAGGAGUCCUCAGCGAGAUGCCAGUGGAUGGUGGACACCCACCCCAUGGCCGUCCUGACCAUGCUCCGUGAAGCGCCAGGCAGUGCCCCAGCACAGGUGUGCACAGCACUCACACUCUGUGAGCAGCUACAGAGACAUUUGGCCACCUCUGGGCCACUCUCCAAGGAGGAUGCCUCUGAGGCACUGUCCCCAUUCACGGCCGAAGGGCUCCUCAGCUUCUACCCUCCUGAGAUGCCCGGGGCAGCCGUGUGCCAAGACUGUGUCCAGCUGAUCUCCCGGCUCCAGGAUGCUGUCCAGUCCAACCCAACCUUGGCAGAGGUGAACAUCCAGGAGCAGUGUGAGUCCUUGGGGCUUGGCCUGGCUCUCCUCUGCAAACACUAUCUCCUCCAGCUGUUGACCCCUGCCGAGCAAGCGCUGAGCCUCCUUCUACCGCAGGAGGUCUGCGAGAAAGAGGGCUUCUGUGAGGAGCCGAGCACGCCUGCCCGCCUGGCUCACGAGGCCGCUGCAGAUGGGGUCCCCCCGCUGGAGCUAGCAUUGCUGAGGAAGAACAGCGAGCUCCGGAUGGAGCCUGGCCUGACCUGCGAGGUGUGCCUGGAUGUGGUCCAGCAGCUGGACCAGUGGCUCAUGUCCAACAGCUCCGAGGCCAUGAUCAGCCACGCCCUGGAGCGUGUGUGUUCAGUAAUGCCUGCUUCUAUCGUCCAGCAGUGCAUCACCUUGGUGGACACCUACAGCCCCUCCUUGAUGCAGCUCGUGGCCAAAGUCUCCCCAGAAAAAUUGUGCAAGACCAUCCGGCUGUGUAGCAGCCGGAGGCGGACCCGGGAGGUCCAUGAGGCCCGUGCAACAACACUGUCCCCAGUGAUGGACCCAGAGAACCAGGGCAGUUUCUGCAAUGGGUGUAAGAGGCUGCUCAGCGUGUCCUCCCGCAACCUGGAGCGCAAGAGCACCAAGCGGGACAUCCUCAUGGCCUUCAAGGGUGGCUGCAGCGUCCUGCCACUACUGUACAUGAUACAGUGCAACCACUUCGUCACCCAGUACGAGCCUGUGCUCAUCGACAGCCUCCAGGAAGUGAUGGACCCCGUGGCCGUGUGCAAGAAGGUGGGGGCCUGCCACGGCCCCAGGACCCCGCUGCUGGGCACCGACCAGUGUAUCACGGGCCCGAGCUUCUGGUGCAUGAGCCAGGCGGCUGCAGAGCUGUGCGACGCCGUGCAGCACUGCCAGCGCCACGUGUGGAAAGAGACACCCUUCCACGGCGAAGAGCAGGCAUAG